AUGAGCACUGCUCCAUCCUCAGACGUCGUGGUCAACGGCGGGCCAAUCCCCGACCGACCAACCUACACGCCAUGGGACACCGUCCGCUACAUCUGGACGACGCUUGGCCUACCUUUGAACGCCCUCGACUCUCUGACUUUGGAGAAUGGUGGACCCUACUACAAAUCAUCUUUCCAGAUCAGUCAUACAGCUCAAAGCAGCAUCGCACUCUCAGCCCUCAGCGCUGCCUUGAUACAUUCUCUCCAAACCGGUUUAACAGUUCCACAAGUCACCGUUCCACUCCGCCACGCGUGCCUCGAGUUCCAGACCGAGAAGCUCUUCACCAUCAACGGCCAACCGCUCCCCUCAACCUGGGGUCCGAUCGGUGGGCUACACAAAUGCGCUGACGGCUACGUGAGGAUCCACGAUAGCUUCUCUAAUCACCGUAAUGGAACCCUGAAACUCCUUGAUCUGGAUGAAGGGUCGAGCAGGGACGACGUCGCGGAGCAGGUAGCAAAGUGGAAGAAGCUCGAACUCGAAGAAGCUGGCCACAGUAACCGGCUCGCCAUCUACGCCUUGCAUAACUUCGCUGAGUGGAAUGCUACGCCGCAGGCUGAAGCUAUCUCGAACUUCCCGAUCAUCAUUCGCAAGAUUGGCGACGAUGGACCAAACGGCUUGCCGUCGACGUUGAAGAACCCCGCCGACCGCUGUCUCCGCGGCCUCCGCGUGCUUGAACUCAGCCGUGUCAUCGCAGGUCCAGUCUGCGGCAAGACUCUAGCUUUGCACGGCGCAGACGUGAUGUGGAUAACGUCUCCUCAUCUCCCAGACCUACCUUCUCUCGACCGAAACCUCUCGCGCGGAAAGCGGUCGAUCCAGCUGGACUUAGACAAUCCCUCAGACCGCAAGACGCUCAAAGAGCUGAUCAAAACCUGCAACGUCUUCAUCCAAGGCUACCGUCCCUCGAGUCUCGCAGCUCGCGGCUUCGGACCCGCUGAUCUCGCAGCGUUGAAUCCAGGCAUCAUCUACGCCAACCUCUCCGCCUUCGGCCCUGAGGGUCCAUGGUCUAAUCGUCGCGGCUUCGAUUCCUUAGUCCAGACAUGCUCUGGGAUGAACGUCUCGGAAGCCGAGCACAGCGGCUCCCGGGCGCCUGCUCAGCCGACGCCGGUGCAAGCGCUGGAUCAUGCGGGUGGGUUCUUGCUUGCUGCGGGGAUUAUGGCGGCGUUGUACAAGAAGUCGGAGCAUGGUGGGAGCUGGGAAGUACACGUCUCGUUGGCGGGGGUGAUGAAGUAUCUGCGUAGUCUUGGGCAGUGGCCCGGAAAAGAAGGCUUCGAGCACCGGGAUCCAGCUUCCGACGGAGAGGAAUUGCCGGAGCAGUACUUUGAAGAACGAGAAUCUGCUUUUGGGCACAUGCGAGGGCUAAAGCACGCUGCUCAAGUCGAAGGGGCACAGCCGGGAUUCGACUUCAUGUCCAGACCACUGGGAAGAGACGAUUCGAAAUGGUUGUGA